GUCCACCGCCUUAUCGCCACCUGCUAUCCCAGAAUCUCAUCUCUGCGAUGCUCAGAUGCUCCGCUGCUCAUCUCAGUCCUUGCACUUUUGCGGGGCAUCCAUAUGCAUGAUUAGCAUUAUACUCAGAGUCAGAGCGAGCACUACGGAUCGGCGAAUGUCACCUUCGUACCGUAGCAGGCGGUACGGACGCUGGCUGUCUUCACCUCUCGCACUGCUUUUGCUUGAAACAACGUUCCAAGAUCCGGUCAUUUCGCCGAACGUUCAAACUACACAAAAACUCUGACUGAAAUCAAUCAUUUUCAUGCCGGGGCCUCGUCCUGUCUAGAAUAUAUAGCUAACUUUGACAAUCUUCGCUUUAUUUUAUCACAAUGCACUGCUUCUCCAAACCGGUCCACCAAACAUCACUUGGCCUUUGUCUGCAGUACAAUCACGUUUACUAUAACACCUCCUUGUCUUGUCUUCUCGAACUCUCUUUGUCAGACCAGUUCUUUGCUUGGAGCAGCCGUUUGGAGUCUUCCACUAGACGUUCUUGCUUGCAGUGUGUCCCCUGCGUUUUUCGGAUCUUGUCCAAUUACUCUUUACGAUCCAAUAACUCCACGAUGGUGCUGCUCUUGCUACUCGUGGGUCUGAACACUAUCUCUUCCUCUACACUAUUUCUGUGGUCCCUAUAUCCUGAUCUGGCCUCUCCGAUUACGCAUGUCCCACUACUCCAUAAUCGCAAAUGGCAGCUGCACGCCAUUGAUUUUGACGUAAGCAUCCAACUCACGUCUCCGCUAUCAACGUAAAAUAGUAUCCAAUGCCCUCGGACUGCAUUCCUAGUGGUACAACCAGGCUACUCGGGCGACAUAAUAUAUUACCUGUAACCAAUACUCAUCAGCGCCUCAUAGUACACGCACUACUAGGCUUUUUUAUGCCACGACGCUGUGGGUUUUCACAGCACGCGAGCGUCAAGGUGUAGUGGUUACCUCUUCAAGUGUCCAUUCCCCUGGUGUGCAUUCGUAGACAAUUGUGCGGCUUUGAUGCGGGUACCACGGACGUUCAAUUCAAAUCCCCGUCUGUCUAUAGUAUCUUAUUUCGCCCUGGUAAACAGCUAGCCUGUUACGAUCUGCCAGUGAGUCUCUCUUGCACCUCUGCCUCGUCGUUUCCCUCCUCCCCCAUCUCCCAUCUGUCGAAAAAUGACGUCGAGCUGGAACUGGCUAAUCGCGCCAACUUCUCAUUUUAGCUUCCCGUCGGGCUUGAUCAUCGAUCGUGACUUGCACAGGUUGUCGGUCCUCGGUAUACCGGUGUUUCCUAUUAUAUCCAGUGGGUAUCAAUCUUGGUUAUCAAUUGAGCAAUUCGUCGAAACUCUCUACUACUUAUACAGUUUGUAGGUUCGGUUACUGCUCUUAGUUUUCUCAAGAGUUGUGAUGACAGCUGUAUCCUGCAACAGGUCCUCCUAUACAGAUAGUCAUUUUCAUGUAGCUGUUCGUUGCUGGAAAGUUAGCCAUUAUUAUGGUCCUUCUUAUCCACCUUGGGAACUGCGGAGAUUUGACAAGGAAGAAUAAGAUCUUUAAGUAUGACCCGGUCGCAGGUAGGUGGGGAAACCGGUCACAGGAUUAAGAAUGGUGGCGGCAUGUUGUCACCUACAUUUGUACGAUCCUUCGACGUGUGAGCUCACUAAAGGCUUCAUUAUCAUCUUUCUCUCGUAUUCUCUAACCACUUCUUUCAUCGUUUCUCAGCUAUACAGGUAUCUGUCUGAUAAGGUGUCAUUUGCAGCCGUAAUCUCGCAGAUUUCCGUUCGCGCUGGUGUCAUAAACAGUUUAUAGUUCGACGAGAUUCCUCCCCUAUGUAGCUGAGCAAGUUAUAUUCUGCCAGUUUUGCAGUUGCUUGGGUAAUCUGCAUAUGCUCGACACAGGAUGCAGUCUGAUUUUUCCGCAAAGCCUUACAACUUUCUUCCUACUCCAUGAGCCGAACACUGACGUAGCAGGCCCGCACCCGUCGCUCGGGGAUACUAUCAGUCAUGAACUACGGUUCCCCGAGGCGUCCAUUCACCAUCGCUUACGCCUGUACUUCCACCCGGUGUU